UAAGCCCUUUAUCAGAUGUGUGUUUUGAAAAUAUUUUCAUGGGAAGGCUUUCCCUGCCUUCUACCCAAUGACUUCGGGGCCUGGCCAGGCGUGGAAGCCCUCCGCCCCCCUCCCCUCCCCGCAGGGGGACCAGGCCUUUCUCUGGGCCCAUGUGCCCUUCCGCCCCAGAGCACUCAGCGGGGCUGGGCCUCCCCGGGACCCCUUCCGCCUCCUCGGGGCGCUGUGCCGCCAGGACACAGGGUGGCCUCAGAUAGCGCAUCUGGGUGCUCUGUGUGCGCAGGCAGGUCAGCGGGGGGGGGUCUUGCCACCGUAGCCCCCACCGGCCCCGGCGCCUCCUUGGCGAUGCGCACGCCCACACGCUUACGCAACCCUUGAUAAGGUGAUUGUGAUACCAUAAUCCGCCCGGUCAGGCAGCAGGGCUCCCCCUCCGGACGGGCGGCUGGAGGCCCACUUGGUGGCUGGGUGGGGGCGGUGGGGUCUAGAGCGAGGGGCACCCCGGCCUCUGACGUCCCCUCUGUCGCAGCUGGCCCGGGGCAGGCUCUGCUCUAGAUGGAGCCCUGAGGCCUGGCCGGCGGGGAGGAGGGACUGAGGGCUGGGGGCCCAGGCCUGAGUGGUGGCCCGCUGGCUGCAGCACCCCCAAGGGCCCUGGGCCCCCAGCCCCAGCCAGGCUGGAGGUGGAUGGAGGCCAGGAUGAGGUCCCGCUUCAUCCUCCGUGACUGCCUGGCAGGCCUGGGGCACAGAUGCUCCGUCGGGGUCGGGAGAGGGGCGAGCUGGCCUCUCUGGAGCCGUCCCGGAAAUGACCCCUGGGGCCACUGGGGGCUCUUGAGUGACUGUGCCAGACAAUGGACAAAGGGGACUGGGGUGUCCAGAGCCAAGUGCCUUCUGAGGUCAGCUGGGGGUGGGGGGGCCGGGGUAUAAAGCCGGGCGUCCGGGGCUGCGACUCGGGCGCCAGGAGCCGGAAGGCAGGCAUGGGAAUGAAGCGGGUCAUCCUGGGCCACGUCCUGGUGCUGCUCUGGGUGCCCGCGGCUUGGGCUGAGGUCCUCGUGCAGCCACAUUUUGAUGCCAAAAAGUUCUCAGGCCUCUGGUACGUGGCCUCCAUGGUCUCCGACUGCAAGGUCUUCCUGGGCAAGAAGGACCAUCUGCUGAUGUCCACCAGGCUCAUCAAGGCCGAGGCGGGCGGCAACCUCAGCGUCCACAUGGAGGUCCCUCGGGCUGACGGCUGCAACCAGGCGGACGCCGAGUACCUGAGGGUGGGCUCCGAGGGGCACUUCCGAGUCCCAGCCCUGGGCUACCUGGACCUGCGCAUCGUGGACGCAGACUACAGCUCCUUCGCCGUGGUCUAUGUCUACAAGGAGCUGCGGGGGGCGCUCAGCACCAUGGUGCAGCUCCUCUGCCGGACCCAGGAGCCAAGUCCCCAGGCUGUGAAGGCCUUCCGGGACUUCUACCCCACCGUGGGGCUCUCCGACGACAUGGCGGUCAUGCUGCCCAAGUCAGAAGAGUGAUCCUCUGGGGACAAAGAGGCUCCCUGACUCCUCGGGAGACCAGGCGAGGCCCUUCCCAGGUGCCAGGGGACGGGGCAGGCCCUCUGCCUGCCUGUCACCCCGCCUCCUACUGUGCACGUGUGGACCCCACUCCCUGCACCCCUGCCACUGUCUGCUCCCCAAGAACAUGAGUGACCUCAGGCUGGGUGCCCUCGAGCUGAGCUGCUGGUUACAUCUCUCAGAUGGAAGGGGACCACAUUGCGUUUCUGCCUACAUUCUCCCAUGGCUCCCUAUUGCCCCCAAGUCAAACCCCACAGGCACUGUGUCCAAGGCCCUCCAGUCAAGGCUGGAGCGUGGCGGGUCCCCAGGCCGCAGCACGGAGCCGGCUCCAGCUGGGAGCUCUGUGGCAGCAGCGGGUGAGUUGGCGCAGCUGACCUCGUCAUCCCGAGGUGUCCAGACCCACUAUCCCCCUGACCCCCAGCCUCCCCAGGUCCCC